AUGAGUGGGAGACCACAGGGCCGUGUUAGGCAGUCACGCAGAGACCGUCCUCAGCGUAACAGAAACCGCGAUAAUUCAUCUGAUUCCGUUAGCAGCGUACGAAGCGAAAGAGAAACUCCAAGAGACCGCAAUGGGCGUACAGCGACACGCCGUAGACCCGAAAGACGGGACGAAAGGCCUCGAAAGCUGGACGAUAAACCUCGUGAGCUGCUGGACCGGGACUCUGGCCGUGCUGGAAGUGGAGAGAAACGAGAAGAUAAGCACAGGCGGCUGGAAAAACCCGCGCAGCGAGAGCGAAAUGAUCCGAGAGAUAGGGACUCCCGAGAGCUAAACCGAGACAGUCACGGUGUUGCUAAAGCUGCAAAUAGUCUAGAUCGCCAUGGCAACAUACCUGAUGAGUCACGUCUGUCCAAUAUGAUCAAAAGAAUUAGUAGGGAGACAGACCGUGAACGCAGAUUGGCAGCUGCCCGUCAACUAGAAGAGUUCUUCAACAACUCUGAGAACUACCAGGUUAUUAUGAAGAAUGGAGAGAGUGUACUUAUUGACCUGGAAGACAUUUUGUAUGAGCGUGGACUGUUGGACAUCAAAGAACCACUCAUCCAGUGUUUUGGAGUUUUUGGAGGACUGCUUGGAUAUGAUUCAAGAAGAUAUCUCCAAUGGAUAUUCAACAAACUGGACUCGUCUGCCUCUGAGGAGAUAAAGGUUAUUUUGCUUGGUGCUCUUACAAAGACCAUCCAGAUUGAAGGUGGCCAAGGAGAGAGUGGCCAGCACUACUUUAGAGAAUUUGUUGUUAACAUCAUGAGUUCUCUACAAAAUUUUCUGGAAAACGUGGACUGUCCAGAACUAUUGUGUGCAGUCCUGGCGGUUAUCAUGCCCAUUGCUAAGGACUUCCCCCAAGCAUUUGCUGGCCAUUUCAGGGACACUGUUGAUAUUCUGGUUGGCUGGCACAUUGAUACCUCACAGCAAGACUCCCUAACUCAAUAUACCUCUGAUUGUCUUGUUCAACUUCAUCCUUAUUGGGCACUAGAUAUUGCCUUCUCUCUUACUUUGCUUGGGCAAUUCCUAGAAGACAUGGAAGCAUAUGCAGAGGAGCUGAGGCUGGUGCCUCAUAACAAGACAAGUCCAAGGCAGGGAUUACCAUCGCCCUACACUUCACUGCCCAAGCUCACUGCCCUUGUGCGAGUGUUCACUACUGUAGUAGACGGUAUUGGAAUCUAUUUUUCACCAUCAAAAAGCCCUUCCAUCACCCCUCAAUAUCUGGCAGAUAUAAUCCAGAGAGUGGUGCAUUGCAUCAACAUGUCUGCAUAUGGCUUCUAUUAUGAAAAGUUAUUUGUUGCAGCCAAUAAGUGCCUUGCUUCAAUGUGCAACUGGCUUCAGAUGCACUAUGCAUGCUGUAGCGAUUUGACAGCUUCAUUCGUCAUUCAGCAAUUGACCAACUGUCCAAAUGUCUCCUACGGUCACAUCCUGUCUAUACUCCUACUCCUAGAUAAGAUAAUCAACAAAGUAGGUACCUCUAUGACUGAGACCUUCAUAAAGCAGAUAUUGGAUCCAAAUUCUGCCAUCAUGAAGCUUAGACUUUGUGCAGAUGAAGCUAUUUUGAGUGAUGUCAUGAAAGUUUAUCAAGGUUUCCUUAGUAUCCAUGAUGUUCUGUUGAUGGAAACAGCUUACAAAAUUGUGGUGCCCGAGAUGAUUGACACAUUUUCCAAGAUCAAGAAAAGCUCUGAGUCCUACACGGCACAAGAAGCAGAUACUCUCGCAGUUGGCUCUGAUGCAACUACAGCAACACCAGAUGAGCCAGAAGCUAAGCCACCGUUGCAUGUCAUCAGAGACAGCAUCCACCAUACUGCAACCAUCCUUAUCUUUGACCUGUGUGCACUGGCUGAGAUUGCCACCUCUAAGUCUGCCAUUCUUGGGCUUUGGAAAUUGUCACCUACACUAUUUGAGCUGCUGACAGAGCAACUGAGUGCCUGUGAGUGGCAAGUGGCUGCCUGCUUCCCAGCAAUACAGUACACCAUCCUACAUGCCCUGUAUACUCAUUCUCAAAGAAAUGGCCAUUUCCUUAGUGUUGUUGGUGACUUAAGUGAAGAGACCAGUGAAUCCUCCAAGACCAUUCUCACUUUGCUGGCCAAGGUGCUUGGGAACUCAAGCUCCUCUGUUGAUGCCAGACAACUUUGCCUUGUAUGGCUAGCUGAUAUGCUUGACACAGCUUCCAAAACAAGUGGAGUGGUGCUACAGAAGCUACAGAUGGACUUCAAUUUUAACACCCUGACAAAAAGCAUGCUACCCCUUACUUUCCAUCCAUCUGUGCCACUCUCUGUAGAAGUUUGUCAUUGUCUGAAGAUGAUGAUUGAACUCAGGCUCAUGUCUAGAAACUGUAUUAAAAGGUGUCUUCAAGACAGUGUUGUGAGGUUGAUGGAUGUCUGUGAAGAAGUAAGAGAGACUUACCUGUCUCUUAUCAAGAUAAUACCAACAGAUAUACUAACAAGUUUUGCCUCCAGAAACCUCCUCCAAGACAGGGUGCUGGUCCAGAAGGCAAAUGGCUUUGGAGAAUUCAAGAAGCUGACGACAAGCUGUGAAGACAUUUGGUGGACACGCAAGAGCCAUGUUAUAAAGCCCCCUUCAGGGACUUUCCAUUCAUAUAACUUCCAAGUGAUCAUGGCUUUCAUACAACUUGGGGUACUGCCAAGGAAGGACAUACAAAAGGAUUGGCUUGUCAAGCUUUUUCAUUCAUGCAACCGAAACCACAAGUACUCAGACAGUGAGCUAUCCCAUUUUAACCGCUGUGAGUCAGUAUUGUGGUUCUGGGCUACCUGGGAAGCAGCACAAUUUUGUAUUCUUUCACGGCUCCGUACACCUCUUGGAAGAGCUCAGGAGACCUUCCAGGCAAUUGAAGGCACCCUACACCAGUACGCAAGAGAAGCCAGGGCAGCAGACCUAGAUGAGCAAUUCAAACCUCAGCCCGGUGAUGAUAACAGUCAAGGAGAAGAAGAAACAGAGUCUAAAGGUCAAGGUCCCAAGCCCUUCUCCAGCCAGUUGCGAGCUUGCCUUCUGCUGCAGUUUGUAGAAGCCCUAGAGAAGCUAAUGUACAAUGCUCAUGAUGGUUGUACUGUUGGACUCCCUUCUCCUCCUAAGUCCGUUAGAGUGUUCUUCAGGACAAACAGAAACACGUGCCUGGAAUGGCUGACCAGGAUCCGACAGCCUGCGAUGGAGGUGGCCAUUAGGUGUGGUCUGCCCGCGGUGGCCGUCUGGCAUGGGAUGCAAGUCAUACAAGACAUGAAGACGUCUGGAAAAGCAAAGGGCCCCGAGUUUGAGAACACCAUUCUACUGCUGUCCAAAGCACUCUGCGAGGUGAAGAGUCCCCAGGCGCUGACUGGCAUUCAGUCUUUGUGUGCUAAUGUAGCCGACCACAAACUGCCAUGGCUGGAUGGAACCGUUCUCAAGGCCAAAGGAUGGUACGAGCAAGCCGCGGGUGAGUACAAGGCUGCUAUAGAGAACGCUCUACCAAACCACGACACUGAGGCUCCAUCAGAAGAUGGGACCUCCAGGAAUAACAACUCUACCUGCUCUCGCAUGGCCACUGAGUUUGCAGUCAAUGAGGUUGUAGACUGCUAUAGCAAGCUGGCUGACUGGGAUGAAGUGGAAAGAUGGCAGAAGUAUAUCAGUAAUUCCAGGAAGUGUGUCCAAGAUGGUACCAUCAAACAAGCACUUAGACUACAUGCCGACCUCAACUACAUAAGGGCACUCAGUAAGUUUGAAGACAAAGACUUCCCUGCAGUCCAGAACCACCUUCAACUCAUCCCCUCGACCUGUCUGAACUCGUUCACCGACAGCCUGAAAAAGUCUGCUUGGACCUUGGUGCCGCAGGAGACCGAGAUGGCAUUCCGCCCCUUGUGGGACAUGAACAAGACAGUGGAGGCUGCCGAGCUGUGCCUCGUUCAGGCAGGCGUCAUGUUCUCCGUCGCUACUGGCAAAGACCAGGACAGCUUCAAGGAUGCCAAGAUAUUGCAAGCAGUGAAGGAGUGCAUACACCAGGGAGCAUUGUUGGCCCAGGGAGCAGUACGAGUCGGAAGUCUAGACUGGCCUCCUCUUGUCUCUCCUCCACACAUCCUACAACUGCAGUGUACGGCAGCGGCGGAUGAGGCCAUCCAAGCACUUACGCAGGGAGAUCCCUUCCCGUCCUUGCUCCAUGGGGACGGCACAUUCACGGCAGACCCAACAAGACAUGACUGUGCUACUCUAAACCAAGCCUUACGCUUUGCCUCACAUCUUGCACACCUAAGCUCAGCUCAUGGGAAAGCAAAAGUCUCAGCGAAUGAGGAACUUUCUAUUCUAGAGCUCCAGACAGCAAAGCUUGCGAGAAAGCACGAGAAUUACGGGCUAGCUCAAAGGCUGUUACUGAAGCAGCUUCACAAACUAGGAAUCGUUGUGCAGCCUGACGUUGAGCUUAACGGGCAGAACAAUCUACUUGGAUCACUUGUACGUGGUCUAACUAGCGUGUCCGCAGCAAAGACCGCAUCAAGACAGCAUCUUCUUAUGGUGCAACGUGAAAGCGCUAAGUUGGCCUAUGCGAUAGGGCACUUCCAUGACGCUAUAGGUAUUCUAUCAGGGAGCGUCUUAGAGUUUACUGAGGUCCGUGAGACUGAUACAGCAGUGUCAGAAUUGAACUCAAGAUCUCUAGUCACGCUUUCCAAGUGGUUGCUAUCUGACAGAAAGCUUCUAACUUCCGCUACUAAGACCACUAGUAAUGUUACCCCGUUAGUUGCGAAGAUCAGCUCUCUGUGUGACACAGAAGAGGAGUUUCUCGGGUAUGGACAGAGCACCCUGAUCAAGGCAGCAGAAGAGACUGGGCUCGGCGAGACCAUCGUCCAUGGAGAGCUUGUGUGGAAUGCAGGAGUUACUAGUGUUGGCGAAGGAGUGGAUGAUAUGGAAUCAGUAUGUGGAAAGUUACUUCAUCUUGGCUCCAUGCAGGCGCCAACUCUGGAUAAAGCUUGGUUCAACCUGGCUGCCUGGUGCUAUCGAUGGGGCAGAAAGACGGUGGAGCAGGCCAGCACCAUGGGGAAUGUAGAGCUUCUACUGGAAGAGCGUGACAGGGCAAUGCAGAAUAUACCCAAGGAUGCUACUGAUGAGCAAGUUGAGGCAGUCAUGCUGGAACUCGGUCAGGCGCACUCUACGGCUAGUUUAGCUCACGAAGAAGACAUCGGGGAUGAUGAUCAGUUCUAUAACAAUGGCAUGGAUGCGACCAGGAAGCAGUUGUUGCAAGUGUGUCCGUCCUUGCUGGACGCGAACCCUAACUGCCUGGACGUGCUUCUCUCUGUCUGGAAAGGCGUACGUGACCGACUGUUCAAGCACUACCACUACGCGGCUAAGGCAUACUUCAUGUAUCUAAAAAUAGGAAGCCAGACUACCACAAAUGGUUGCCCUAGUGAUGUACCGCAGAAAAUAAACAAAAGCAGCGAUGACGGCAAUGUGACAGCCACACUAAGGCUGCUGCGUCUCCUGGUGAAGCAUGCUGGAGAACUAAGGACCGUCCUAGAGGAAGGCCUAGCACACACCCCAACCCGGCCAUGGAAAGACAUCAUUCCACAGCUGUUCUCUCGCCUGAACCAUCCUGAGACGUACGUCCGCCAGAGCGUGUCUGACUUGCUGUGCCGUAUUGCCAUGGACGCACCUCACCUCAUUGUCUACCCUGCGGUGGUUGGCUCAGCCACGUCUAUGCCGCAGUUCCUUAACAAGAAGAUCAAAACAGAAGGCAUCUUGCCCCUGCUGGUCAAAGACGAUGAUGAGAGGCCAUCUAGCCAGCCUGACAUUCCCCUAGCGGAUACUACUGACAAGCCUGAGGCUGACAACUCCAUGGGGGCUUGCUACAGGACGAUUGUCAGCUCCCUGCAGUCAUUGAACCCCAAGCUUGUGACAGAACUACAAGGCUUUAUACAGGAACUACGGCGUAUAACUCUGCUGUGGGAAGAGUUGUGGCUUGGAUCGCUGAUCCAGACACAUCAGGAUGUAGUGCGGCGACAACAGCAGCUAGAUGAGGAGAUCAAGCGAGUGAACAGCAACGUGAACCUCACGGAUGGUCAGAGAGCCGCACUUAUCAGGGAGAAGCAUGUGGCUAUCAUGAGGCCCAUCGUGUUUGCCUUGGAACAGCUCCAAAAGAUUACCAAUCAGCAAGCCUGCACUCCUCACGAGCAGUGGUUCCACCGUGCCUAUAGUGCACUGAUCGAGAAGGCUUUAGCAUCCCUCACCAACCCUGCCAACCCUUCAGAUGCCCGGUCUAGCUGGGACCCCUUCAAACAACUGUUGCAAACGCUUCAAGGGAGAUCUAUGAAGAAGUCCGCAUACAGCCUUGUAAUGGAGGACAUUAGCCCGACACUGGCGAAGAUGAAGUCUACUGCCAUUUACAUGCCAGGGCAGUCGCACUUUGAGGGAGAGAUUGUUUCCAUCAGUGCGGUGGUAAAUGAAGUCAACAUCCUGCCCACUAAAACCAAACCCAAGAAGCUAGUCUUUGUCGGAUCUGAUGGGCAAAGACACACAUAUCUGUUCAAAGGGCUGGAGGAUCUCCAUCUGGAUGAGCGCAUAAUGCAGUUCCUUUCCAUCUGCAAUAACAUGUUCACCAGAGCAGACAGCCAUCGCUGCCCCCUGUUCUGUGCAAGACACUACUCUGUGACUCCGCUGGGACCGAGGUCUGGGCUGAUCCAGUGGGUGGAUGGGGCCGUGCCUGUCUUUGCGCUCUACAAACGAUGGCAGCAGAGAGAGGCUGCCACUAAUGCUUUGUUGAAAUCCGCACAGGGGUCGAAUCAACCACCUCCACCUCCCAUGAAGCCCAGUGAGCUCUUCUAUAGCAAGAUGACGCCAGCACUGAAGGAAAAGGGAAUAGUUGAUCCUAAAGAGUCUGGGCGUAAAGAGUGGCCCAUUGCUGUGAUGAGACAAGUGUUGGAAGAGCUGAUUGCAGAGACACCGUCAGACUUACUCUCAAGAGAGCUGUGGUGCUCAAGUACUGGUGCGCUUGAGUGGUGGCACAUGACGAAGACGUACGCACGCUCCACCGCUGUCAUGUCCAUGAUCGGGUACAUUAUCGGCCUGGGCGACAGGCACUUGGAUAACAUGCUGAUCGACUUUACCACCGGCGAAGUUGUGCACAUUGACUACAACGUGUGCUUCGAGAAGGGUCGAGGGCUGCGCGUGCCUGAGAAGGUGCCGUUUAGAAUGACUCCAAACCUUGAGAUGGCUCUUGGAGUGACAGGGGUCGAGGGCAUGUUCCGCCUGUCUUGUGAGCAAGUCCUGAAAAUCCUCAAACAAGGCCGCGAGACUCUUCUAACCUUGCUGGAAGCCUUUGUGUACGAUCCCCUGGUAGACUGGACCACCGCUAAUGACAGUGCAUUUGCAUCCGCAUUCUAUGGGGGCGGGGCCCCGAGCAUGACUGACAGUAAGGAGAACAAAAAGGAGAUGGAGAGAGGAGUUACCCAGAGUUUGUUCUCAUCCAGGGUUGCAGAGAUGAAAGUCAGCUGGACUGUCAACAGGGACGACAUGUUGAAUGGUCUGCACAACUUGUUGGAGCAUCUAGAAGUGUACACAGGGGCAGUCCGACACCUGAAGUCCAUGGACCUCACCUUAGAACAACUAAAGGCUCAACAGGAGAUGCUGCAACACGCUGUCAGCAACACCAACCAUCCACUACACUCCCUUCAGGCCAAGUUUGAUGAGCAAAUCAAGCGACAAGCCGAUCAUGACAAAGUUCUUAGGUCCAUCAAAGAAAAGCUUAAUGAAUGCAGGAAUUGGCAAAUGGAGCACAAGGUUUCUUUUGAAAUGAUUCGCUCCUCAAAGUUGUCAAUAUUGGUGACAGAAAUCCUCAAGCCUCUGGAUGUUGGAGUUCCGUGCUUCUCCCCUGCCAUCAAGUUUCUCAAGGGAGCAGGCCAAGGCAAUAUCAUUUCGCAGUGUGAGCAGCUAGAGACAGAGCUAUCGGGGCUACUGCAGCAGAGACGUGUCCUCCUGAGGAACUGCCUGGAUCUCAUCCACACCUAUGCCACCGUCACUUCACAAUUCCCAGCGGACCACCUACAGCAUAACCGCACGUUUGAGUGGAUGCGUUGGCUGAACCAGCUGGUGGAGAACUCGUCAACAAAGACGUGUAGCUUGGUCCUGGUCCAAGCUGAAGAGACCCGCAGCAGACCCGCCAAGUCCGACGACCCCUUGCCGCUGUCUUCCGUCACCGCCUUGAUGUCCAUGGAGGUGAAGCUGCAGAGUAAUCUCACGGAACAGAAUGGAAAACUCAUCAAGUUUUGUGAGCGCCGUAAGCAGGAAAGUGUUGAAACUGGUUUCCUGAGCAAAGCAGUUAUGGAAGCGUACUCAAACCUAAAGAAGUGCAUAACAGAUAACCAUGACAGCGCCGUAUUUUGCUUGGCGUCGGUCAUCACUACGGCCUUGUGCUCGCUCAGCAAGCGUUGUCUCAUCAUGGAAAACACAGCCAGAGUUGCUGGUGACCGUCUGUCUGACCUGACCUCCCGUGAUGGGGACUGGUUCCUUGAGGAGCUAUGCUCCAUGAGUGGCAAUGUAACACAGCUGUUGUCCCUUUUGCGGGACCAUCCAGUGGAAACCGAGCCGGACAAGCAGUUGCUAGUGUAUAAAAUGGCAGAUGCGAUGAAAGCUGUUGUCGCUGUACAUAAAGUCUUCGUAGCUCUGCAGGAGUUGAUGACCAACUUCCGCAGCAUCAUUGUACCAGAGGCAAUCAAGGGCUUAUUGUUGGAGGAGCCGAGUGUGCUUCAAAUGGUGGAGAACCUGCAGAACUUGGUCAGCAGAGAAGACGUGAAGCUGCUAGGCGAGGCCUUGGAUAGCGAACUCAAAGGGAAAGGGACUGGUAACCCUCAGGGAUUCGACGAAAGCGUAUCUCAGUUGCAGCAGCAGUUUGAUAGCAUCCUACAGAAUGGAGGAAGCAAUGGCGAUGAGUCCAGUAAGAUGACCGCAGGACAGAUGCUCCUGACUGGGUUCAACGGGUUGUUUACCAAGGUUGAAAGUGAGCUAACCGUCAUGGCGGCAGCAAUGAGCAAGAUCAACAGCGCUACAGGCGAUCUGACGUGUGACGUCAUCCAGGACGCCUGCAAACUGCAGAAUGAGAGUAGCAGUGAGAUGGACCAUGUGUGUAGCAAGCUGUUUUUUGUCAAGAGGCUGGUUGUCAUGACAUCGUUUUUCAGCGCCUCCAAAUGUCUUGCAGAGAACCUAAAAGCGAGAGAAAGCAGAAUAUCGAACCCAUCCAAGAAUGUGUCGACCCCCGAGAUUCCCAUGGGUGUGUCUGCUGAUGCGGCAAGCGUAGCCGACAAUCCUCUGAGCGAAACGCCAUACGUUUGGGACGCGGAAAAGUGCUUCAGCGAGGACGAUUUGGCUGUCAACAUCAGACACUUCAUUGCAGACACUGUACAGAGAAGGAUACUGGGUAUUCCCUCUCAUGCUCUAGGAGCUGUGGUGCUCACGUACGCGCAGGUGCUGGGGACUGGGGACGAGCUUAGCGAGCAGGGCGACACUAUCGCUCUUGAAAACGCGUGUAAAAAGAUCGUGGAUGCGAACAUCAAGAAGGGUCUGUUCAAGCAUAAGCAGCUGUCUCACGUCGGCUCACUGACCAGUGCCUACGACGUGGCUUGGAGAAAGCACGACUUUGCCAGGCGCCUCGAUAACAAUGUCAACUUGUACAAGGGUGUGGUUCAGAGGGCACAACUCCAACUUGCGAGGUUCCAGUGGCUGUACGAGGAGGAUUUGUUGCGCUGCCCGAUGCGUGGUAACAACAUGAUCAGUCCUGCCAGGGGUGCCAUCAUGGCAGACAUGAGAAAGCGAGUGCAGGCUCUAGCACAGAUCGAGCCGGCAGUGAAAGCCGUUGAAGACAAGAUAAUCGCCCAACAGUCCAGUAUUGAACAAAGGCUCAAAUGGGCUGCAGGCGCCAACCCUGGGCUCAACUCCGUGCUCAAGGACUUUGAGAAGACCGUCAGCGAUCGUAAGCAGCUGUUACAAACGGAGACCAAGUACUCAUCGGACGUGUGCAGCCUGUCAAACGCCCUGAUUCACUUCGAGCUGCUGCGCGGCCACUCGUCAGAAGCCAUCUCUUUGGACAACACCCUUACUGCACUGGUCAAAAUGUGUCAAGAGAGCUCUGCGCAACUGGAGAAAUCCUUUAGCAUCCUGAAGACUGUGUCCAAUGUGACGUCACUCAUGCAGAUCACGUGCCCGCCCGAUGCACCAAUAACGCUCGAGUGGAUGAAAUCGAUGCUGGAAUCCGUCGGCAAGGACAUCUCGUCGCACAAAUCCAGGAAAAGUCAAGCAGUAAACAACGUGGCAGGCAAACGGGAUGUGUUGAAGUCCUUCACCAACAAUCUUCGCGCAGUGAUUGUCUCGCACCAGCAGCUUGUGGGUGACGUGAAAGCCUUACUAACCACCAUGGCGAAGGACGAGGAGGCAGAGGAGUCUAAGGCAGCCAAGGUCUUCAUCUCUACCUACAACAGACUGUCAGAGGAGUGCGCGCAGCUCAUCAAGAGCGUGCAUAAUGUCUGCAGCGGCAAGCUGGACGGAAGUGACGUCAAGAAUGAUCGGAAUGGUGGGUUUGAGGACUGCGUGACGGAACUACGAGUCAUGACGGAGUCCAUGGUUAUUCUCAUCCAGUGGGUGCACGACCACCUUGUGUCGCUGGCCUCGCCGCUCAUGUCAGAAGAUCAGUCCUCUAAUGGCGGCAAGACGCCCAUUCCUGCUCCCCCUCCCACCUUUGCCUCAGCAUUACGACAGGGCGGUGGCAGCAGUGCUGUGAGUAUCGGCAACAGUCUGAAGAGUCUGCCCGAGAGCUCCAUGAGUCCUCACCACCACCCUACCAUCCUACAGCGCGAGUAUGGCCACAGUCCGGCUAACGGCGCCGCCUCGCCCUCCACCAGGCCUUCUACUGCAUCAGCUGCAAGCCCUCGGAAGACUUCAGUCUCACUGGCACGGGACCCUAAAACUGGGAAAGCUGUACAGCAGCGCAACACGUACGCGAUCAGCGUGUGGCGUCGUGUCAAGGCCAAGCUUGAAGGCAGAGACUUGGACCCCACAAAGAGAAUGUCUGUUACAGACCAGGUUGACUUAGUGAUCCGUGAGUCGACCAGUCUGGACAAUCUCUGCCAGAUGUACGAAGGCUGGACUGCUUGGGUGUAGCUCAUCACGCGAGGCGUGCUUCACGUGUAACCUAGCAACCACUGCUGCACACAUUGGCCACCAUGGCAACAGUGACCAUGGUGAAGGUGACACCUUCAGUUGCCAAGGCAGCGAGUUCACAUUGCAGCAGCGUCAUGGCCCAGUAUCGCAUUAUGUGCGUAGGCCAUUAAUGUUGAUAUCAUAUCUGCUAGAGCUGUAAUUGUGGAUAAAUUGGAUGUGUUUGGUGACUAAGUUAAGCUCUGUAAGUUGUUGGAUUCUCUACAAAUUUUUUUUGUUUAUUUAACCAGCAAAGUGCGCUUUUUUAACAUCACAAUUCAAAACCAUGUCAUUCAAAUGUUUUAAUGGCACUUUUUUUUUUCCUCGUCUUCUACCAGUUAUUAGUUCUAAUUGAAAAGCAGUUAUAUUUUUAGUUCUCUCUUUUUAUCAGAAAUUUUAAUCUGCCUCACUAUAUUUUCACCUAACUUAAUUUGUGAAAAUCCACAUCUUAGUUGUUGCCAAACUGGUGUUAGCGUAGAAACUAAACAUCUAAACACCACCAUCCAACCAAAAGGAGAUAAAAGAGAGGAGGUGAUACGCUAUGGAAUAUAGCAGUUAGAAGAAGAAAACAGUUGCUGCAGUUGUCUAGAGCUAAACAAAUUCUGCAGUUAAGACCUCAAUGGUAUUAGCAUACUCUUGUGUUGGUACAGAUUCAGAAAGUCAAAGAAUGCCAGUCCACAUUGACAUUGUAAUUGCAAGGACAUUGUGAUGAGGUGCAUUAUUAGAAAAUCAAUAAGUGGAAUGUAUGUCGUCAGAAAGUAGAUUGUUGAAAAGUUCAUUCUGUUAGUUGUUGGAAAGUAGAUCAUUGGAAUGUUCAUUGCUGGAAAAACGUGAUUAGAAUGUUUAUUAUUAGAAAGUUGAUUGUUGGGAUGUUCAUUAUUGAAAUGAAUGUUCAUUGUUGGGAGUAGAUGGUUCGAAUGUUCAUUGUUGGAAAGUUAAUUCUUGGAUUGUUCAUUGUCGAAACCUGGUUUAAUCUAGUUUGUUGGAAUGUUUAUUGAUGGAAAGUGGAUUGUUGGAAUGGUAAUUUAUGGAAAGUGAAUUGCUGGAAUGGUCAUUGAUGGAAAGUGGAUUGUUGGAAUGGUAAUUGAUGGAAGUGUGCUGUUGGAAAGUUCAUUGAUGGAAAGGGGAUUGUUGGAAUGUUCAUUGAUGGAAAGUGGACUGUUGGAAUGGUCAAUGAUGGAAAGUGGAUUGUUGGAUGUUUAUUGUAAUUGGGCUGUUUAUUGAUAUUAUUGUUUAAAAGUGCAUGUUGGAGUAGUUGUUCAUGGAAAGUAGAUUGUUGGAAUGGUAAUUGGUGGAAGGUGGAUUGCUAGAAUGGUCAUUGAUGGAAAGUGGAUUGUUGGAAUGGUCACUGAUGGACAGUGGAUUGCUGAAAUGGUCACUGAUGGAAAGUGGAUUGUUGGAAUGCUCAUUGAUGGAAGUGUACUGUUGGAAAGUUCAUUGAUGGAAAGUGGAUUUUUGGAAUGUUAAUUGAUGGAAAGUGGAUUGUUGGAAUGGUCAUUGAUGGAAAGUGGAUUGUUGGAAUGUUCAUUGAUAGAAAAAGGAUUGUUGGAAUGUUCAUUGAUGGAAAGUGGAUUGUUGGAGAUUUGGGAAGUAAGCUUUUGUCAGAUAGUUUGUUUUACCCUAGUACCUUCACAUCAAGCUGUAAGAGUGUAAAGCUCUGAGACAUGAGCAAGUAUUUCCACCAUCAAGUAACAGCAACCGUACUCGGCACAAUCUGGAGUAAAAGUGUAUUGACAGUACACACAUCACAGGAAAUAAGAUCUUCCCCAUAUCAUGUACCAAAGGGUGCUUGAACUGAAAUCCUGAAAGUACCCUUACCAUUUGCAGUGAUAAGGAGGCAUAACUUAGGCUGUUUUGUUAUCAUAGCACAAGACGUUUUACAUUUUUAACUCAUAGGUAAGCAGUAACCACCCUUUAAUUAUUUCUCACAUUCAAUCAAGAUAAUUCCUUAACAUGGUUUUGUGCAAGUGAAUGCAGCAGACGUAUGUUUGGUGACAUAGCUGUAGGCAGGUUUCCAUUUUUAAAAAUACACCUCCCCAAUUACCCCCAAUUCUCAUAUGGAUUCUUUUCAAUUUAAGAUCCAUUUUAUGUCCCUCCUAAUCACUUGCAAUGGCGUUGGGUUUCUUCAUAAUGGAUUUCAUUAUCUUAUUACAUCAUUUACCUGUAGUAUUGUAGUCAUCGUAGUAUUGUAGAAACAAAGUUUGUUUUGGUUUAAAAGAAAUGCAUGUUAAACUGAGUUGUGAGAACUAGACAACAGAUAAAUUGCCAACAUGAAAAGAUUAGAUCAAAGCUCAUCAAGAACAGGUUUCAACAGUUCUCUUCCUGAUGAGUCUGCUGCAUUGUCACCAGUUUACUUCCGGUUGAUUACUUUUAAGAUGAUUUUUAACAGAAAACAAUUCUAAAAGAAGUGUGUCUAUUGGAAGUUUCUUUGAGGAUGUGAUUGAUAAUUUAGAGCUGAUAUCCUGUUAAAUAGUGUGGAUUCUAAUAGAUUCUUUUGUCUCUUAAUGGUUGAGGUUUCCCUCCGGAAGUAAACUGGUAACUUUGUAACUUUGUUCAUGGUUAUUUUAUAUUAAUUUUAAGUUUUUUUUUUCAUGCAAAUACUACUAGGGUUUUGCUUGACCAAAGUUCUGAGUAUUGUUUACUUAAUUUCCUCAUCCUAGUAUAACUCUAGUUUCAUGUACUUUUGAAUAAGUGUAUAUCUUUUUUCUGUUAUUGUAAUUACAUUAUUAAUUGUUUAAAGUUGAAAAA